CUACAUAAAAGGGAAGUUCCUUUAUUAUCAAGCAUACAAAAAUUUUUUGGAGGGGUGGGUUCUACAAAUAUCGCAUUAAGUAGAAAUACCGCUCGAUUUUCUAUAAGUAAAAAAUCAGACUUGAUAAAUAAGGUAUUGCCUCAUUUUGAUGCACAUAAAUUGGAAGGUAAUAAGCUUAAAAAUUAUCUAAUCUUUAGAGAAAUUGUUCUAUUGCUUGGUUCUAAAGCGCAUUUAACUCAAAAGGGGUUUGAUAAAAUAAAACUUCUUAAAGAGGGUUUAAAUAAUUAA